GUAGAAACACUGCAAGGUCGGGUGGACGAUUUGAUGGACCAACUUAGCAUACCAGUACAUGAAAAAGGAUUGUGAGAAUGGCGGGGGUACGAGGCAGAGAGACGGACAGAAGGAAGGUUCUAGACGAUGCCGCCAGAAAGCGUAGAGCUAGGAAAGCGGUUGAGGCUCUUGAACAAGACAAUUUCCAUGAAGACCCACAUGCAGAUCUGGUUAUGUCGAAGAAGGUGCCGAAAUUCGCCGAAUCAAACGAAAAACCUACGAGGAAGAAGAAAUCUAAGAGCGCUGAGUAUUAUAAGUUGCGAUUUCGGAAAACGUUUGCGCAGCUAGUUGAAGAGGAUGCUAGCUUUAGACCAGAACCACCUAAUUACAUGUCUGCGCAAGUGCCACCUUCUAAAUUUCCUGAGCGACAUUUCUGUGCUGUAUGUGGUUUUCCAUCGAACUACACUUGCAUACCUUGUGGCGCUCGCUACUGCUCCGUGCGUUGCUUGGGAACACACUUAGACACAAGAUGCCUCAAAUGGACUGCUUAGUAUAAUUAAAAAAGUUUAGCAAUAAAGUCAAUUUCUUUUCUUAAA